GCCGCCGCUGCCUCCCCCGCCCGGCGCCAUGGCCGCUGCGGCCGGGGAUGGCGCGGCGAAGCCGCUGCAAAGCGCCAUGAAACUGGCCAACAAGGCCAUCGAGCUAGAUACCGGCAACCGGCCCCGGGAGGCAUACAUGGAAUACCUGAGGAGCAUCCACUACAUCUCCCAGGUGUUACUGGAAGGCAUGGAAAGCACUACAGACGCUGGGGAAACCGUGCCGCCUGAGACCUCAAAGAUGCUGAAGCUGGCUGAACAGUGUCUGGAGCGGGCCCAGUCAACAGCCACCAAACUAGGGAAAGUGUGCCUGAAGCCGGCUGUACCUGUGGCUCCUCCCACCCCCUUGCCCACCAGCCGCCACCGCCGAGUGUGUUCAGACGAAGGAGGGAAGCUCUCUCCUUUCCUGCCCCCAGAGAUCUUCCAGAAGCUGCAGGUGGCAGAUUCACAGAACCCGAAGAAGGAGUUAACACCACUGGAGAAAGCCUCACUUCAGAACCAGAAGCUGAGGGCCACAUAUGAAGCCCGGAUGGCCCGUCUGGACCCCAGCCAGGCCAUGCAGAAGACAUCACUGACCCUGUCUCUACAGCGGCAGAUGAUGGAAAAUCUGGUGAUCGCCAAAGCAAGAGAAGAGACACUCCAGCGGAAGAUGGAGGAGCGCCGCUUGCGCCUUCAGGAGGCCGCCAACAGGAGGUUCUGCAGUCAGGUUGCUCUGACGCCGGAGGAGCGGGAGCAGAGAGCCCUCUACGCUGCCGUUCUGGAAUAUGAGCAAGACCAUGACUGGCCAAAGCACUGGAGAGCCAAGCUCAAGCGGAGUCCGGGAGACCUGUCAGUCGUGACCGGCUUGGUCUCCCACCUGCUCAGCCUCCCUGAUCACCCCAUCUCCCAGCUGCUGAAGAAGCUCCAAUGCGCAGUGUACAGCGCACUGUACCCUGUUGUGAGCCGGGCCGCCGUCAGCACUGUGCCUGCCCCGGGCUGCUGCUCCCUGCCCGCAGAAGUCAAUGGCCUCCUGGCUCCUGGGAGCCGGAGACUUCGGUCCUCCCAGAGCCUCUACUGCAUGCUUUCCCCCUCAGAAUCCAGUGCAGCCCCGAGACCUCAGGAUGGCCCUCUGUCCACGCCUUCUAUCCCCACACUGCACUCAGGCUCCCUGGACAGAGAGGCAGACAGCAGCCCAGCAGGGCCUCCCUCGCCCCUAGUAGAUGCUUCAUGCCACCUACCAGACAAGGACAGCUCCUUUGAGGACCUGGAACAGUUUUUGGCCAUAUCUGAGCCACAGACCCCAGGAGCAAAGAGGGAGCCCUUGCUGGAAUGUCUGAAGAGCACAGUGAAAGACAUUCACAAUGCCAUCGAUAGACUGCUCUCGCUGACUCUCUUGGCCUUCGAAAGCCUGAACACAGCCACCUCCAAAGACCGCUGCCUGGCAUGUAUCGAGGAGCCCUUCUUCUCCCCGCUGUGGCCCCUGCUGCUAGCCCUCUACAGGAGUGUGCACCGUUCCCGGGAGGCUGCUGUGAGCAGGAGCAUGGAUCUCUACAGGAAUGCACCCCCUACAGCCUUGGGCAUCCCUGCCAAGCUCCUCCCACGUGCCCCUGAGGCUCAGGCCUCCACCUACCCCUACUGCACUGCGGCCCAGGAGCUGGGGCUGCUGGUGUUGGAGAGCUGCCCCCAGAAGAAGCUGGAAUGCAUCGUGCGGACUCUGCGGGUCAUCUGCAUCUGUGCAGAAGACUACUGCCGUGCCCAAGAGGCCAGACCUGAGGCUGGCCUCCAGCCCCCUGCUGCUGCCAUCGGUGCUGAUGACCUGCUGCCCAUUCUAUCCUUCGUGGUGCUGAGGAGCGGCCUCCCCCAGCUGGUGUCAGAGUGUGCAGCCCUGGAAGAAUUCACUCAUGAAGGGUACCUGAUUGGAGAAGAGGGCUACUGCCUGACAUCGCUGCAGAGUGCCCUGAGCUAUGUGGAACUUCUGUCCCGGGGACGGCUGGACCAGUAGUGGAGGCUGGACCUUACAGAUCAAAGGAGCCACAGGACCUCCACACUGUACUGUAUAUCUGGUUUGGGGACACUAGAGGCCAGCCUGCUAUGGGGACACUAUAGCUCUUGCCCACCUUCCUAACUACACACCUGACAUGGAGGCCUAGGGCAGUGGUUCUUCAGCAGGACAUGGCUGGC